GGUUAAGGACAACUUAUUUUCGCUUCCUAGAUCUUGAUCCACCCCUCCUCCCUCCUCCUCUCCCUUGUUGCUGUUACGGCACAGCAUUGUUCUGCAGUUCUCUACCAUUCAGUGUCAGAGCCCCCUCGUACCGUUCGUUGCCUUGUGUCGUCCUCCUGCCGGUAUCCCCCCUACCGACUCGUGCCCUUCAGCAAUUCUCCCUCUCCCACUUCCUCUGCCCAACCCAACCGGGCUAUCUCAUCUCGCAUCGCGGCUGCCCUACACCUUGAAUUCUUUUGGCGCUCUCCUCUUCCUGUACAAUACUGCUUACCACGAACAAGUCUUGCACCUCUCCUCCCCCUAGCCCCCCCGGGAGAAGGGAAAGCACCUUGAAAAAUUAACACCAUGAGUGCGGCGAGUGGAAAUGCUGUUCCCCUUUCCCCCCAAUUUCUCCUUGAGGCUUUACAAGCUGCGAGUUCACAGUCCCAGGAGCUGGUAAAGCACGCAUCUGCCCAGCUUAAAGAUUGGGAGACCCGACCUGGCUAUUGGAGUUUACUUCAGGUUAGAAUUUCCGCCUAGUUUUAUCUUCCCCUCCAUUACCCUACCCCACUCACUCUGUGAAUCACUUGUGGGGAUUCUGAUUUGACUUUUGUUGCUUUGACAUUCGCAGGAUGCUUUCUUCGACCGAUCGUUACCAGUAGAGAUUCGAUGGCUUGCUAUCAUUACGUUGAAGCAGGGAGUAGACAAGUACUGGCGGAAAACCGCAAACAAGCAUGUUCCACUGUUUUCAUCCGCUGGGUUUAUGAAGAAUGUUUCACUAACAGCCUCCGCAGUGCAAUGAGUAAAGACGAAAAGGCCUUUUUACGUUCUCGCCUGCUCUCUAGCUCAAUUGACGAACCUCAUCAUCAAUUAGCUCUUCAGAAUGCCGUUAUUGUUGCUAAGGUGGCUCGUCUAGAGUACCCGUUCGACUGGCCCGAAGUUUUCACUGAGCUCACCUCUAUAAUCCGGGAUGCGUCGCGGUCUACAUCUGAGACCGGUGGGGAUGAGGUAGCUACGCUACGCUUGAAAAGAUCUCUGUCCAUGAUGCUCCAUGUAGUCAAAGAACUAGCGACAGGGCGGUUAGUCCGCACAAAGGCCAACUUACAAUCCGUAACCCCGGAAGUCUUCAAAGCACUCGGGGGUGUCUAUGUUCGUUAUGUCGAAGUUUGGCAUGCUCUCCUUGACCAACGGCCAGCACCUGCCAAGCUAGUUGAUUCAAUGACGGUCUCGUUACUGACUCUGAAAGUUCUCCGGAGACUGAUUGUUGCCGGUUACGAGUUUCCUAAUAGGGUGGCAGAGGUUCGGGAGCUUUGGUCCAUCCUCUCUGGCCAGGUAUGGGCCAUAUUCGAAGCCGAGAAACAGAUACCACCUAUCGAAGAGGCGGUAUCGACGCUUUUAAAAAAGCACGUAAUUAACAUCGGAAAAUUAUUUUUGGAGGUUGGGUCAAGCCAUGCAGCGGCUUUUGCAUUAUUACCCGAUACACUCCGGUUGCUUGGGAAAUACUGGGAGGUCGUGGUUGAUCAUGGAAACUCGCUGAUGCAACAGAGCAGUCAGCAAGUCAACGGGGAAUCAAAUGGGAAAUCCGGAGCCGAGCAAAAAGCUGAGGGAGAACGCACCAAGUUUAGACAGAGAGUGGCGCUUCAAGGAAUGCUUUUAUUCCGAAAUUGUCUCCGGACAAUAUUUAGCCCAGUAGCUACCUUUAAAUGUAUUCAAACCCCCAACUAGUAAGCUCACACAGACUGACCGGAGGGCUUUUGCAGACAGACACAAGGCCGAGAAAGAUGAGACCAAAGAGGCGACCACUGUCUUCAAAAUCCAGCUGUUCACCCCGGAGACUGUCACCCACUGUAUGGAGGUACUAGUGACGAAAUAUUUUGUGAUACGCCCCUCGGAUCUGACUGAAUGGGAGGAAGACCCUGAGGGUUGGAGUGAGCAGUGGGAGAAUGCCGUGGAGAGUUGGGAGUUUCUCAUAAGGCCUUGCGCCGAGAAGCUGUUUAUGGAUCUGGUUCUCAACUUUAAAGAGACUCUUGGGGAACCAUUGAUGAGAGUAUUUAGCUCAGUCUCGUCUGAUGAGAAGAGUGACGUUCUCAUAAAGGAUGCCAUAUACACGGCCGUGGGCCUUGCGGCGCCAGUGCUUCACACUACUCUUAACUUUGAUCAAUUCAUGCAUAACACCCUCGUGAAGGAAAUCCAGAUCCAGCAGCCAGGAUAUAACAUCCUUCGCCGCCGGAUUGCCAUCCUGAUUGGGCAGUGGGUUAGCGUUAAGAUCUCGCCCGACUCCCGCCCCACCGUUUACCGGAUCACACAACAUCUCCUUAAUCGCGAAGAUCCUCUGAAUGACUUGGUGGUACGACUUUCGGCUGCUCGGAAUCUCAAGCGGAGCGUAGAAGAGUGGGAGUUCGGGGUAGAGUCGUUUCUUCCAUAUGUGGAUGAUUUGUUUACGAAGCUCAUGAGUUUGAUAAAUGAGGUAGAGCAGACAGAAGUAAGAAUGGGGCUGUUAGACGUCAUCGGGGUUGUCGUAGAGAGGCUGGAGCAUAGAAUAGCUCCCUAUGCGGAGAGUAUCAUUACCAUAUUGCCACCACUAUGGGAACAGACUGGGGAUGAGCAUCUGUUUAAACAGGCGAUCCUAACCAUCCUCACCAAGCUUGUCUCGGCGAUGAAGGAUAAGAGCUUACAGUACCAUCACAUGGUGAUCCCGCUUAUUCGGUUUUCGGUGGAGCCAGGCUCGGUGGGUAUCAGAAUAACUCCAUGACCCCUUCCGAUCAGUUUUUUGACCAAUUAUUUGGGAUACGCGGACUGACAAUUUCAUAGGGCAUGCAAGUGUACCUCUUGGAAGAUGCGCUUGAUUUAUGGGAAGCGGCUAUCAGAGCUACCCCUGCGCCUGCACCGCAGGGGCUGCUGGAUCUUGUCACUUACCUCUUGCCUUGUGUAGAGCUCGGAACCCUAACCCUCAGGAAAGUACUCGACAUAAUCGAGAGCUAUGUCAUCCUAGCACCCCGGGAGAUGAUUGAGGUGCAUCGCGCGGGGAUGUUUGAUGCUUUUGCCUCCUUGCAGGGCACAUUAAAACCGGAAGCGAACGGCAUUAUCACGAGCGUUGUCGAGAUUGUAAUCAGAGCCGCAGAGGCGCUGGGUGGAGAGCAAGCGUUGAGUGUGGUCGGUAAUGAGUUGAUUCGGAGCGGCUUCUUACCCACCCUCCUCGAAGGCAUAGAAAAGAGCCAUGAAGCGCAUCAAACCACUGGUCCAAACAGGAGGUACGCGCCAUUGGAUGCCAUCGUAAUGACAGACUACUUCUCGGUGUUAUCAAGGAUGGUGUUGGCGAGCACCACGAUGCUCGCGGAGAACGUGAGAGUUUGUGCGGAGAGGAAGGGUCGCACAAUGGAUUCUGACAUGGAAUGGAUUCUGGAGGAGUGGUUCAGACAUGUGCGUUUGUGGACCCUUGGCACCAGAGAUGCUGCUUCUGGGGUAUAUAAAUUGGUGGUGACAAGUGUUGACGUGAGAUUGUGGGCGAUACAAAUUUAGUUCGGAAACAUCGGACAUCCGAAACAGAGAAAGCUCGGUUGCAUCGCCUUGACAAGACUCCUCGAGACCAACCAGGGAUGGAUCCUGAAGAGGCUGCAGGAUCUCAUGACGGUUUGGACUGACGUCGUCACCGAGCUUCAAGAAAACCAGGGGGCCGAGUAAGUUUUGAACUGUGGCUUGUGCAGCAUUGAGGGCGUGAACCUCGACUGAUAGGGGAUACCAUAGUGCGCUGAUAUACUGGGAGGCUGGACAAGAAAGUGUAUCCGAAGAUGUUGAAACCGCAGAGAGAAGGCGCAGAAAGGAGGUUUGUUUUCUCCCCAUCCCACCUAAUCAAUCUACAAUGUUUGUUCAUUUUCCACUAACAUGCACUCGCUUUCCCCCCUCUCUCCCCACGGUAGCUUCUCAUCUCGGACCCGGCUCAGUCGAUGGACAUUGUAGCGCUGAUAAAGCACCAUCUGACCAAAGCUCAGAACGAGAAUGGUGGACCGGAGGCUUUCAGGAAUGACUGGGUGGUGAAUGUGGACGACCACGUGCUCGCGGAUUUCGGGAAAUUGGGAAUUUUUUAGUCGACCCAUGCGUACCGUACUAGUACAUAUACCAUAUUACAUAGUGUAAUUGCCGUUUGGGCCCCCCUUGCACCGUACGAUCUGGCAGACGGGGUGGGAGUCUAUCAUUGCUGUCAUUCUUUCAUUCUUUUAAUAUUUUUUCCCGAAAAAGAGCUGAGGAUUUCCCGGAUUGUCUUUUUUAUCCCCCCCCCCACCUUAUCUUUAUUUUACCCCACCAUUCUUGGUGGUUUAAUGUUAAAAAAAAAGAGCCUUUGCUUUUCUCUCCACCAUGUGAUACCUUUAUGGCUUCUUUGUUCGGUUUUUUGUACUAUCAUAUCUCUCUGCUGUCGUUGGGGAGUAACUUAGUGCUGGGGCUCGAGUACGGUACGAGUACAGUACUCUACGUAGGUUUCGGGGGGUGGUGGAUUGGGGACGCAAGGAGGAGGAAGGGUAGGCGCCCAUCGCUGCAGAUGAUUUCUCUCUCUCUCUCCCAUUCUCCACUUGUGAUAUGGUCUCGGUCACGAUAAACCUGUUCAUGGUGGGGAAAAAAUAGUCAUCUGAUAUCAAGUUGAAUGAUGGCCGCCACCAACAAGGGAGUUUUUCUUAGUUUUUUUUUUUGUUCUACAGAAGUGUAGCUAGACAGAUCCCUGCUGUAUCCAUCUCAAAUUAUGGUAUGGAGGCCGUUUACCAAUAACCUAAUUUACGAGUAGUUUGCAAGGCCAGACUAUUUCAUUCGUCUUGGGAGCUCGAAUGGAAUCGUUAAGACAACAUCACCAUAUGUGCUGCGAUAGCGAGUGUGAGGAGUUAAUCACUGGGAGACGUGACUGGGGAGAGGAAGGAAGGAAGAAAGGAAGGAAGAGGAAAACUGGAGACUUCCAAGACUGUU